AUGGGCCGCGGCUCCCCCUCGUCCCCAACAUACGGCGCUUCCAGCUCCCCUCCUACCGCAAGGGCAGGCAUCGCUGGCUCCUUCUCCGCAAUGAUGGCUGCCCAGCAGUCCUCGCCCUCUGCAAAUGCAUUCGCCAUGCAGAACGCAUCUACCUCGCCCCGAUCUCACGGCAGCGGUCAAGCUAAUGGUAUCCCGAUUCCCUCCGGUGGCCGACGUCCUUCCGUCUCCCACAACAUGCCAAAGGUGCUCACACCGUUCAACACCUCUUCCAUCAAGAUCCUCUUGCUAGAGGCAGUGUCGCUCGGCGCCGUAGACAUGCUCAGGAAGCAGGGAUACCAGGUAGACUACGAGAAGGACGCCAUGUCCGAGGACCAGCUGAUCGAGAAGAUCAAGGACUACCACGUCAUUGGUAUUAGAAGCAAAACGAAGCUGACCGAGAAGGUAUUCCGCGCUGCAGACAAGCUACUUGUGGUCGGCUGCUUCUGCAUCGGUACCAACCAAGUCGACCUCUUGGCUGCCGCUCGUCGAGGUGUCUGUGUGUUCAACUCCCCCUUUGCCAACUCGCGCUCGGUAGCCGAGCUAGUCAUCGGAGAGACCAUUGCCCUCUCGCGUCAGCUCGUCGAUCGCGCUUCGGAGCUGCGAAGGGGCGACUGGCAGAAGGUAUCCAAGGGUUGCUACGAGAUCAGAGGCAAGACAUUGGGCAUUGUAGGGUACGGACACAUUGGUAGUCAGCUUUCGGUCCUGGCUGAGAGCAUGGGUAUGACUGUGGUCUACUAUGAUGUGUUCCCUUUGAUGCCUCUGGGAACCGCCCGUCAGACUGAGACUCUAGAGGAGCUCUUGAGUGUUUCCGACUUUGUCACACUUCACGUACCCGAGAUUGAGGACACAAAGAACAUGAUCUCCACUGCGCAGCUUGCCUGCAUGAAGAAGGGCUCUUACCUGCUCAACAACGCUCGUGGUACCGUUGUCGACCUGCCCGCCCUAUGUGAGGCUCUGGAGUCUGGUCACCUGGCCGGAGCAGCUGUGGAUGUCUACCCACGCGAGCCCAAGGGCAACGGCAAGGGCAACUUUGACAACGAUCUCAACCCUUGGGCUACCCGUCUUCGUGCUUGCCCCAACAUCAUCCUCACACCUCACAUCGGUGGAUCGACAGAAGAGGCACAGAGGAUGAUCGGUCAGGAGGUUGCCACAGCUCUGAUUCGAUACAUCAACUUUGGUGGCUCGGUAGGCGCUGUCAACUUCCCCGAGGUCGACCUACGUGCCAUCACUGAGGCUGAUCGCUCGGUCAUUCGAAUUUGCCACGUCCACCAGAACCAACCCGGUGCGCUGAGGAGCAUCAACUCGCUUUUGGGCAACUACAAUGUCGACAAGCAGCACACGGAUUCCAAGACUGACGUCGCAUACUUGAUGGUGGAUAUCAGUGGUGUUAGUGAGGAGGAGACGAGUAGGAUCUACGAGAGUGUCAGUGGGCUGCCGACGAACAUCCUGACCAGGCUGUUGACCUAA